AAUGAAUAUAUAUAUAUAUAUGUUUGUGUCUGUCUCUCUAUUUCAGAUAUGAUCAAUAUGUUAAAACUGUCUUUCCAACCUACUUGCUGCUGCUGGUUAUUCACAGCGGGUGACGUGGUCGCUGCCCUCGCAAUAGCGGAUAAAGAAAGCAACCGUAUCUUUAUCUUUGAUGGGAAAGGCAAGAGUGAGCCAUUACACAUUGUUGACAAGUUACACAACAAGCCUGUCCACCUGAUCUCUUACAACUCGCAGUUUGAUGUGGUGGUCUCCUCAGACGAGAGUGGAAUGCUGGAGUAUUGGACCGGUCCUAAACGUGACUACGGCUUCCCAAAGAACAUCAGCUGGUUGUACAAAACAGACACUGAUCUCUAUGACUUCAUUAAGUAUAAAUCAAUUCCUACCCACCUGUCUUUCUCCCCCAAUGGUUUGUUAAUGGCUGCAGUCUCCACUGACAGAAAGGUUCGAAUCUUCAAGUUUCUCACAGGUAAACUCUCCAAAGUGUUUGACGAGUCCCUGGAACGAGUCACGGCUGUUCAACAGAUCAAGCAACAACUUCCCAACAUGGAAUUCGGCCGACGUAUGGCCGUGGAACGAGAUUUAGAGAAGUCGACCUCUUUCAGGAAUUGCAACAUUGUUUUUGACGAAACUGGUUACUUUGUCCUCUACAGCUCUAUGCUGGGUGUGAAAGUGGUCAACCUCUAUACCAACCAAUGUAUGCGAAUCCUUGGAAAGCCAGAGAAUGCUCGGCUGCUGCAGAUCGACUUGUUGCAGGGUUCCGGUAAGCGCCACAAGGUAGCGCUGGAUGCAGACAUGGUUGCCGCUGACAACCCCAUCAUCCAGGCCCCACUGCAGGACCCCACACUCUUCUGCACGGCCUUCAAGAAAAACCGAUUCUACAUGUUCACCAGAAGAGAACCAGAAGACAUCAAGAGUGGAGCCACAGAGAGAGACAUCUUCAAUGAAAAACCCUCAAAAGAGGAGCUGGUUGCAGCCACCCAGGAUGCAUCUUACACCCGUGUUGCUGAAUCUUGUAUCCUUCACACUUCAUCAGGUGACAUACACUGCAAACUCUUCCCAAGAGAGUGUCCAAAGACUGUAGAAAACUUUUGCGUUCACAGCCGUAACAGUUACUUCAAUGGACAUAUUUUCCACAGAGUUAUUAAAGGGUUUAUGAUACAGACCGGUGACCCACUUGGGAAUGGCACAGGUGGAGAGUCAAUAUGGGGUGGAGAGUUUGAAGAUGAGUUCCAUCCCAGCCUGCGUCAUGAUCGACCCUACACUCUCAGUAUGGCAAACGCCGGGGCCAAUUCUAAUGGAUCACAGUUCUUCAUCACAGUCGUUCCUACGCCAUGGUUGGACAACAAACAUACAGUGUUUGGUCGAGUGACCAAGGGGAUGGAGGUGGUUCAGACCAUCAGCACGGUGAAGACCAACCCAAAGACAGACAAACCAUACGAUGACAUCAGGAUAGUGAGUGUUACCAUUAAGUAGUGCUGUGAUCUUCUCCCGGAGCAUAGGAGACACUCAUUUGUCAACCCUCAAUGGGGUACACGAAAGGGACGCUGGACAAAAGACACAGCAGGAUAAACAGUCAGAACAACUGGGGUACAUGCAAAAUGUGUGUGUAUGUAUGUAUAUACAUGCAGCAUUGCCCAGUGUUGCUCGGGUUUGUUUCGGCCCUUUAGAAUUGGAAUUUUUGAAAAGUAAAAAUUUUGCAUUAUGUAGCUUGUUAUUCUCU